CAUUCGAAAUUGACCACCGUCCUCGACAACGACCUCACCCGACCUCAAGUCACCUAACCACGACCCCUCGCGUGGUUGAAUUCGAACUUCGAAAAAGGCGAGUUUUACGACCUGCGCCCUGUCGCCUAGCUCACGAAUUGAGCGAGCGAGCGAGCGAUCGAGACGAAGCGAAUCGAAUCGAGUCGAAAGACGAUAGCCGAACUGCCAGGGCUUCGACGACCCGUUGCCAUCGUGACGGGUUCGGGAGAUAUUCACCAGAGAUACACGGAGUGAUUUAGAAGAGACGCGCAUUCACAACCAUGCCUCAGGAUCUGCCGCCCGUAGGAGGCUAUCAGGCCGUCCAGUACAAGCGCAACCUCCCCGCGCGCGGCUUCCGCCCCAGCAUCCUCCUCCUCGGCAUGGGCGCCGUCAUGGGCUACGGAUGGUACAAGCUCAUCAAGGGUAUCCGGGAAGCCAAUGAGCUGGCCCGCGAGAAGAUGUGGGCGCGCAUCCACCUCAUCCCCCUCCUCCAGGCCGAGGAGGACCGCGACCAGGUGCGUCGGUGGUACGCGGACCAGGCGCGCGAGAAGGAGCUGCUGGGCGAGAAUACCCGUGUGUAUCACUCUGAUCGGUUUGUCCGGCCUACUUUUGCCGUGGCGCCGGAGAAUACUACCAAGUAAACGGUCCUGGAGGAGAGGGAAAGAGUUGGCUGGUUGGUGGGAUGUAGGAUGUUGUAUAUAUCGUGUAGACGAAGGGGAAUGGGAUCUUGUCCUGUCAUUCUUUUCUUUUCUUUUCUUUUUAUGGUAACGUGGAAUAUGGGCCGAGGUUUCGACAAACGACUCCAUCCGAAGCAACCGACUCCGAACCCUCCCCGAGUCUUCAGUCCCAAUAUGGACACCGUCAUGCUUCGAUACCGAGUAACAUCGAGUUUGACUCGCGCUUUUAACAGACCGUUCUUUCGUGAUUUCAACACCUGCAACGAAUGUAGCGAGCAAAUUGAACAUUGGUAUCUUACGGUUCCCAGC